AUGAAUGUAUGUUCCAAUUUCACAUUGUCCUUGACAGGAGGUUUCUAAGAGUGUCGAAAUUGCGGAAAAGAAAAAAAGUUUCAUCGUCUUGACUUCGAAAGUAACAACAUCGAGUACUUCCAAAAGGCUAGUAACAACAAUGCUGCAAAAUUCUAAUAGGACAAACUUUAAUAGAUAGCUUCACAAAAGUAACUGGAAGAGGAUGAAUUCAGAGCCAAAGCCUGUUCCAACUUCACAUUGGCCCUUGUUGGAUAAUUUCAAUAAUGUGGCAAUUGCAAAAUAGAGAAAAAAUAUCAUAAACUUGACACAGCUGGACAAAUCGCCUAUCAACCAAAAUCACAACAAACCAAACCUGUCUAAUAGACUCAACAACAAACAAAACUCACUGCAGUUGCUGAAGUUGUCUAAGAAACUAUGAUGGUUUAAUCCGUAAAAGACAGGAUCAAUUAAAUGAAUAAGAAAAAUCAAGGCACCAACGAGCCUCAAUUCAGACCUAGCAUUAAAAAGGAAGAAGUUAAAGAGAAGGUUCUUGGAUAAGCAGAAAUAGUCACAGAAUAAGUCUUCACUACUGUAUCUGAUAAAAAGAGUGUUUUUGACAAAUAGAGAGUCAGAAAAACCAUAGAGUAAUCCACUUAACAAAUUAGAGAAUAAUAGAACUCUGAAGGAAUUAGAAAGGCAGAAUCGUAAUACAUUACAUCAUAAGACAAUGCUCAAGAAUAACAAGAAUAGCUCAUUCAGAAUUAAAAUCAAUUCCAAGAGAAUAAUUAAGAAGGCUCUCAGGAAAAUUAAUAAUAGGAAUAAUAAUUUGAAAAUAAUUAAGAUUAAUAAUAUUAACAUUAAGUGGAGGAAUAAUAAUAAGAAGAAUAAUAAGUAGAAUAAUAAUAAGAAUAAUAAGUAGAAUAAUAAGAAUAAUAAUAGGAAUAAUAAUAAGAAUAAUAAGAAGAAUCAUAAGAAUAAUAAUAAGAAGUUAUAUUAUAACAAUAAGAAUAAGAAGAAUCAAAUAAUUAAAAUGAAUUGGUUGAAUAAUCCGAACAAUAAAAUGAUUAAUAAAAUGAAGGACAAUAAGAUAAUUAAUAAUAAGAAGAAGCUAAUAAUCAAGAAGAGGCUGCUGAUAUCUAUUGA